AUAGAAACGAAUAAAAUGGAUAAACUUAGAGAAAAAAUCAACGCUGCCCGCGCCGAAACUGACGAAGCUGUCUCGCGUGCUGAAGCUGCAGAGGCCAAGUUGAAAGAACUGGAACACCAAAUGUCUGUUAAAGAACAAGAAUAUGAAUCCCUUUCCAGAAAACACGAAGCUUCCGAGUCUCGUUUAGAAGAAAUUGAAGAAGAGAUGAAAGACUUACGCAUUAAGGCCGACGACGAAACUGGCCAAAAGGGUGAAGUUGAACAGCUUUCCCGAAAAAUUGAGCUUUUAGAGGAGGAGCUUGAAACUAAUGAUAAGCUUCUUCGCGAUACCACAGAGAAAAUGCGCCAAACAGAUGUCAAGGCUGAACAUUUCGAGCGCCGCGUUCAAUCAUUGGAACAUGAGCGUGACGACUUGGAACAAAAGCUUGAAGGCAUGACUGAUAAAUACGCGAAGAUUAAGGCCGAAUUAGAUGAGGUACAUCAAGCAUUGGAAGAUCUAUAGAUUCCAAAGCGUAGUUCUCUGAAUCACUACACGCUAUUGUGUGUACAAUUAUGCUUUAUUGUUGGCUUCGGUUGGCUCAUUGGACUAAUUCUGCCGAUGGGUUUUUGGAUCUUACAUCGGCAUGUCCGUCGUUAAUGAUCAAACGAUCACAUUCUUUUUGACGUACUAUUCAUGUACCAACAAGUUUUCAGACGAGAAUUCACAUUCUACACUUGUUCAUUCUAUCUUUUUUUUUUCAAAUGUUACGUUUACCAUCUAUCGAUUUUGAAAUACAGUCGACUCUUUAACUUACAAAAACCUUAUAUUUUUUAUAAUAUCCACUGUUCUUUAUGAAUAUUAUGUUUGAAGAGCAUAAAGCGAAAUGCAUGAUAUAAUUGUUCUAGUCGAUAGCUGCCACUCUUGCCCAUGUUGUAGAUUAAUUUUGCUUCCCAGGGAAUGGCUGUUUCAUAUCCAGGGCUUAAUUAGUUAGUAGAUGUACUAUCGUAGUUUUCAUACAUAUGGGCAUAAAAAUUAUUGUGCAUUAUCAAAAUACGUUGUCUCAUGUUAAAAAUAUACACAGGUUGAAAAUCCUAUUAGUUUCUAAGUCCUGACCAAAGUUUACUUUCUUAUAAUAAUUCAUUUAUUUCUUUGAGUACUUGAUUGAUUAAGC